AUGGCAGCGGUAGAAAUAGAAACCAUGGCAGUACCAGUGCACGCCAAACCAAAGAAAAAACCCACGCCUGGUCGUGGCGGCGUGCUUUCGCACCAGCUAACAGAGGAAGAAGCGAGGGUUAGAGCCAUAGCAGAAAUAGUAGGAGCCAUGGUGGAAGGAUGCCGGAAGGGCAAGUACGUGGACCUCAACGCUGUGAAAGCGAAUGCCUGCAGGCGCUACGGCUUAUCCAGGGCACCGAAGUUGGUCGAAAUGAUUGCUGCUCUGCCAGAGAACGACAGGGCGAUGGUGCUACCCAAGCUCAGGGCGAAGCCCGUGCGCACUGCUUCCAGCAUUGCCGUUGUCGCCGUCAUGUCGAAACCCCAUCGCUGCCCUCACAUUGCCACCACUGAAAAUAUUUGUGUCUACUGCCCCGGCGGACCUGAUUCGGAUUUCGAGUACAACACGAAGUCUUACACGGGCUACGAACCUACCAGUAUGCGUGCCAUUCGAGCCAGCUAUUCAGGUUUCCGUUUUCUUUAG